GUUUGCAGAGAAGCAUUUAAAUGGACACUUGCAUGAUCUACAAAGUAAUUAACUAAAAAAGAUCUACAAAUCAUGAGGAGAAAAGUAGCUUUAGAGUUGAUGCUUUACAAAGUUAACUUGACAGGAUGUUGCCCAAAAUGUGCUAAAAAAAUUGAAAAUGAGGAAAAGAUUGAAUGCAGCAUGUGCCAAAGAGCCUACCACUUUAAGCCUUUCUGCAUUGAAGAGGACAUGGAUCUUGAAGAAUUCACAGAAUUUAAAUGCAGAAUGUGCAGAAUAAAUUUCUGGGGAAAGUAUGAAGCUGACUUGGAAUCUGUUAACAAAGAAGUUGCCAAGGAUUGCCCUACCCUCUCAUAUGAUCUAAGAAAACAUCCAAAAAAGGUAUCUACCUGUCAAAGAAGAGACUUUAAGUACGGAUGAUUGCAAGCUUACUUGUGAAACUGAGAACCAGACACAGAGUGAAAAUAUGGGAAAAGAGGGCACUGGAAAUGAUGAAGAGGAGGUACAAGAUGCAGCUGAUGUUGUGACACAAUCUUCUGUAUUUGAUACAGAUUAUAUUAACAGUCAUCUGAACAGUGUAAUAGGUGCUCUAACAAAGAUAAUGAACUGCAAAAUUGAUGAAUGUGAUGAAGCUGAUCAUGCCCGCCAUCAUAUGUUUGUAAAGAGCCCUGCAGAUAUGUAUGACAAAUACAUUAAACAGUAUUUCUUUGGAAGAAAAUUUUUAAGUUCUCAGGAACAAGAACAUCUACAAACAGUUCUCCAAGAAGAAAUGUUCUGCAGCAAACCUUUGCCUGGAUCCAUUUUCACUCGAUAUAGAACCUUCCAAACUCUUGAAAAUGAAGAAUUGGAAAGUAUCCUUAUAGAUAGUCCACUAAUGGCAGUUCACUAUUUCUCAUUCAUUCUACUGAAAGAAGCAAUGGUUUAUCUGAUCUGUAAUAAAACAGGACUGCCUUAUGAAGAGGCUGAUGCAAGAUGUUCAUCAACAGAGUGUUCAGUAAAGGAUUUCCAUCUAUAAGUGACUGUUCAGUCCAAAAACUUAUUAUGCCAAACAAACUUAUUAUGCCAUACAACAAACCAGUAUUUGGUUUUUUUUGUUAGUUAAUAUGUGAUAAAUGUUGCAGUAUGAUGUGUAGUGACUGGAUUGUGUUGUGAGGUGACUGGAUUAUGUAGUUAAAUGAAUGGAUUAUGUUGUGUUGUGAUUGGGUUAUGUAGUGCAGUGAUUGGGUUAUGUUGUGUAGUGACUGGGUUAUGUAUUGUAGUGACUGGGAUAUGUAGU